GCCGUCGUUACCGGAAGCUCCUCAACAAGCGGCGGCGAAACUUUAUUGGCAGAGGGGAAGGGGGAAGAGUCGGGAUGUCGGCGAACUACGCGGCGGGGCUGUCGCCGUACUCGGACAAGGGCAAGUGCGGCCUCCCGGAGUUUUUUGACCCUCCGGACGAGCUGGACAAGAAAGUCGCCCAGCUGGCCCUCUUGAUCCGGGAUGCUUCCAACGUGGUUUUCCACACCGGGGCUGGCAUCAGCACGUCUUCGGGAAUCCCAGACUUCAGAGGCCCCAAUGGUGUCUGGACCAUGGAGGAGCGGGGUCUGUCCCCGAAGUUCGACACCACUUUUGAGAACGCGCGGCCGUCCACGACCCACAUGGCCCUCUUGGAGCUGCAGAGAGCCGGCGUCCUGCGGUUCCUGGUCAGCCAGAACGUGGACGGUCUCCACGUACGCUCGGGAUUCCCCAGGGACAAGUUGGCGGAGUUGCAUGGGAACAUGUUUGUGGAGGAAUGCAUGAAAUGUGGAAAGCAGUAUGUGAGGGACGCCGUGGUGGGCACCAUGGGCCUGAAGCCCACCGGCCGGCUCUGCGACGUCUCCAAGCGCAGAGGCCUUCGGUCCUGCAGAGGGAAGCUAAUGGACACCAUCUUGGACUGGGAAGAUUCCCUGCCUGACCGGGACCUCCAUCUGGCAAGUGAAGCGUGCAGAAGCGCCGAUCUGUCCAUCACUCUGGGGACGUCCCUGCAAAUCAAGCCCAGCGGAGACCUUCCUUUGUUGACCAAGAAGAAGGGAGGGAAACUGGUGAUUGUGAAUCUGCAGCCAACAAAGCACGACAAGCACGCUGACCUGCGGAUCCACGGCUACGUGGACGACGUCAUGGCGAAACUCAUGAAACACCUCGGCUUGGAGAUCCCCGAGUGGACGAGGCCCCUGGUGGUGGAGAAGGCGGAGCUCGCCGAGUCCAAAGCGUUCGCCAAGCCCAGCAUCGACUUUAAGUUCCUGACCAAGGCGGAGCCCCUGGGGGGAAACCCAGAGGAUGGCGCCUCUCCGAAACAGGAGCCCUGUGCGACUCCGGACAGCGACCGCGUCGUAGCCAAGCGUUUGAAAUUGGAGCCUCUGCCCACCUGAUGGAUCCUGCGCACGUUCAUCCGGGUCGUCUGUCUUAGAAACAUUUUUUUUACUUGUAUAUAGGACUUUUCAAAAGACCAUCCCUCCUUAUUUAUGUGGGGGGCUUUUUCCCACCACUGUGGGAAAGUUUGUCUCCUUUUCACAAGUCUACUUGCACGCUCCAGGCACGCUCCGUCCCCACGAGAUCGCUUCCAAGACCUCAUUUGUGUACCUAACGAGGCAGCCACAAUUUCCCACCCUGGGGUCUUUCCCCCGCACAUUCUCCACCCUCCUUCCCGCUCCGGCGGAGAAGUUUCAUCCGCAUACGGACAAAAAAACGUUUAUUGGGGGAAACUCAUACUAAAAGGCUGGUGGGUUUUCACGAAGUUAAAAAUAAACAAAUCACCAAAUUCCUGGAGAAUGGAAUUUAAGUUCAGGGGAAGUGAGCAAACCAAAAGUGGUAAAUUUGCCCAUCUCUAAUCCAAAAUAAGCACUAUAAUAGGAGUGGAAGAAUGAGUGAAAUUAUAAAUGAUGAUUUCCCAGAAGCCAUUUUCCUCGAGUUACUGGGUCUGCUACAUGAAUUUUUGGUCAUGUCAAUGGUUCUUUGAAGCCUUAACCCAAGGUAUGUUAUUAUUAUUAUUAUUUAUUAUACGGUGGCACUCAUCUGACCGGGUUGACCCAGCCACUCUGGGUGCUGGGUGCUCAGAAUAAAGUUUCCCUGCGUUCUCUUGGCGAGCAAACCA